GCGCUAUGUUACAAACGUGCAGUUCAGCCAUGUUGUGGUUUUGAAUGAGGAAGAAGCGGGAGAUGUUAUUCUUAAACGAGUUUAUAAUAUUUUGUAUGUUAUGUUGAGGAAGCGUUUAUAUGUUAGUAAGUAAUUCAAACUACGAACUUCUUUCCGAAUGUGAUUUGUGUGACUUAUCUCAUUCCCAUAUGUAUUUAAACAUACUUUCAUCUAACUACUAGCUACGGAGCUAACACUGUAAGCUACCAAGGUAACUUGUUAGCAUAACGUGCUAGCACUAUUAUUUUGCUAACACUCAGCCUUCUAAGGGUUGUUCGGAUUUCUUAAAAUUGUACAGUCGUACAUAGUUAAGCGGACACUAGUUGAAACUUUUCCCGGUCGAAUGACACAAACUAGCCUUUUAUUUUUCGAUAGCGAUCUUUCGACCGGUUAAAACGGGCUACCUCAUAAGAAGCACCGUUCUCCCUAAACUGUCUAACCAUGAUGAAUAAAAUUUAUGAAUGGAUAGAAACUAGUUUCGCGAGUUUUCGUAAUGGUGUACCCGCGGCGGAACCACUAGAUACUCUUAAUGCUCCUGGAGAUCUUCAGAGGAGACGGAAAAGACCGAUUGGAUGCCUAGAAGAUCCCAAUAGCAACGAGGAGCAACAUGGCUUGGCAUUAAAAAAAUCUCGCAUGGGAGAUCUUUUGGACACAGUGAAAAUCGCUGCUCAAGGUGUCAAGAGUCAUAGCUCCAGUGUGGCAGCUUGGAUGAAGAUGAACAUGAGUCCCACUUUAAAAAGCGUGAUACCUGCUGUCUCUGGACCUCCACUAAGAGAAGCCAUGGCAAGACCCUCCACAUCAUCUUCUGUUGUUUGGGCAAGGAGACCAGCUUUGGAGAACCAUUUGCUGGAUAAGACUUUUGCUGCUCCCUCAACAACUUUGGAGUGGAAAUCAUCUAAAACUGAAUUGUACAGGCAUGAAAAGUCCUAUUCUGGAUCAAAAGUGUGCAGACGACAGGCAUGCAUGAGCCCUACACACCGAGAAGGACCAAAAACAAACGGGCACUCUGUCAACACAGUACUCUCCAACACUCCCAAACUGCAUUCUGCUCCUCGGUUAGGGAGACCUCUAAACCUCAGACCUCAAGGACCACUCAACGGUGUGAGUACACCAAGCCCCUGUUCCACUAUGUAUGAAAAGACCUUCCCCAUUAAAGUUGUACAAAGUCCGACAAACAGCACAUCAUCUGGGCGCAUUCAGAGGGCCAAGCCUCACUGCACUGCACAAGAGUCUAUUUGUGAAGAAGAAAAGGAGAUAUAUCGGCAGCUUUUGUCCAUUGUAUCAGGUGGCCAGUCAGCCUUUCACACAGGCAACACUCAUGCUAUUCUGAGAUCCCAUCGAGAUUUCACCAGUUUUCUGACAAGCAGUCGGAGAUUGCUCCAGUGUUCCUCCUCCCCUGUGUCUAUAGAAGAAGCUUCAGAAGGACCAAGCGAUCCUCCAAGUCCCAGAGAUGUGCCAAGCCAGACCUCUAGUAACCUCCACAGUCCAGUCAAUGCCUCAAGCAAGACAGGAAACCAAACCUGGCUUUUGGACACUGACGUCAGUUUCACAAAAGCAAUUUCCCCUCCAUCCCCAUCUACCCUUCAGGAUAGCACCUCUCAGGACACACAGUCAUCAGUUCCUGAUGGCGAUUCUGUAAUUCUUGUAAAAGAACAAAAUACUAAAAAAGAAGAAAAUGCCAGAUUACCAUGCUUUCAAGCUGAAUUAUGGAUUAAGGAAUUGACAAGUAUGUAUGACUCUCGUGCAAGAGAAAGACGGAGACAAAUCGAGGAGCAGGAAGCACUAGCAGCACAACUCCUCCGGCAACGGCUUUCUGAAGAGGACCUCCGCAGCCCACAUGUGGAGGUCCAUGUGAGGGUUCCUUUGGAAAAAGAAGUUCCUCUGGCACCAGUCACAGAAGAACCUAAGCUGCUGAAGGAGAAACCUGAAUUUCCAGAGCUCACUGAUGAAAUGGAGGCUGAAAUCAACAGGCUGCUAAGGGGUAGUAAUCCACAUGAAGUUUUAAGUGAAGGUUUUGGUCUAAGCCUGACACGGAAGGACCUGCAGACCCUCAGUAACCUUAACUGGCUUAAUGAUGAGGUCAUCAAUUUUUACAUGAAUCUUUUGGUUGAGCGCAGCAAAGACCCUACUCUACCCUCAGUCAAUACAUUCAACACCUUUUUCUUCCCCAAACUCCGAAGCAGUGGUUAUUCUGCUGUUCGCCGUUGGACAAAAAGGAUGGAUAUUUUUUCUAAGGAUCUUUUACUUGUACCUGUCCACCUGGGAGUGCACUGGUGUCUCUCAGUUGUGGAUUUUCGUAAAAAAGUUGUCAUGUACUUUGAUUCAAUGGGAGGGAACAAUGAUGAAGCUUGUAGAAUUUUGUUUGAGUACCUGCAGCAGGAGAGUAAGGAUAAGAAGGGAAAAGAAAUGGAUACCUCAGGCUGGAGUCUGCACAGCAAAAAGCGCAAUGAGAUUCCACAACAGAUGAACGGUAGUGACUGUGGGAUGUUCACAUGCAAAUAUGCAGAUUACAUUACCAAAGACAAGCCCAUCACAUUCACACAGAAACAUAUGCCGUACUUCAGACGAAGAAUGGUCUGGGAGAUUGUCAACCACAAACUGUUGUGAAUGAAGAUUUUAUAAUCUGGUAGCGGUGGCUACAGCUUCAAUAAACAAUUUAGUUGUGCUCGUCAAAUUGUCAAACUACUUGCAUCAGCCAUGACUUGGAACGGUCAGGGACAGUUACUCCACAAGUUUGUUGUCCGGUCAAAGUAAAACUAUGGAGUAUUCACAGGCAGCUAAGAUAUGUUUAUAUGUCCUUAGCCAUAAAGUGUUUGAUACACUGUUAAUAAUAGAAGCUGAACUGCCAUGUUCAUGUUUAUGCCACGUCAUGUUUACAAACAUUUUGGGAUGGAUCACCAUAUUAAGGUUGAAGUAUUCUCUUUUUGUGUUCUAGACAAAUGCCAAACAUUUAAAAUUACAUUUUAUAACUGGGUUUUGACAUUUGAUCUCAGUGUAUAUUUUAUUUCCUUUCAUUAAAACUCCUGUUCAAAGUUGGAAAACAGGUACAACUUCAAGUAUCAACUUUAUAUUCCAAAUCUUUAUACAAUGAUGUAAAUUAUGUUAAAAGUUUAUUUUGUGAAAAGCAAAUCUUGGCUUGUCCAGGCUAUUUUCAAUGUUGUACAUAACUCAAAACAGCCUUGUGAACAGUGUAAUAUACUUUUUUAUGAAGACAUUUGUAUUUUUUGUUUUAUAUAUAGCCAGGUCUGUUUUAGAAUAAAUUCAAGUAUUGUG